AUGGACGGGAAGGAAAAGGGCGAGGGGAAAUAUAUUCCCCUGCCAGUAACCGACAGUCCGCCAACUACACGUUUCUCCAGGUUCAAAAUUUUGAGCCUCUCUAUCGUCCUUGUAAACCUCCUUGCACUGCACUACUUCGUCGCAAAACCUACCACACUCUGGCUCCGAGAAACCGGCACGAAGCCACCUCCACACCAUCGCAAGCACUUGUGGGGCAAAACAGCGGAGAAACUCUUUCUUUCCAUUCCUAAUGAAGAGAAUGCGAUAGCUACCUCGCGGCUGUUCGCAACUAAGCCUCAUCUAGCGGGCUCCGAAGGGGAUUUCCAAACGGCGAAGGACUUUUUGACAGUUCUCCAGACUGAGCUUGGCAUUCAACCUCCCGACUCGGAUCCUGUGUUUGCUGCGGGGUCUCCCGAAUCUCGCGAUGCCACACUUUCAAUCCCCAAGACGAGAAAAGCGAAGGCAUGGAUUGACGUCUAUUAUCCCGUUAUGAACACUCCGCUCGACCGCGCUUUGCAAGUCAUCAAUGCAAAUGGCGAGGUUGUGUGGGAUGCCGAGCUGGAGGAAGUUGCUGACGACACUGACCCUGAGGCCGGCAAAUAUUACACUGCGGUGCCAACCUUCCACGGACUUAGUGCCGCCGGAGACGUUCAAGGCAAGCUUGUGUAUGCGAACUAUGGUCGCAAGGAAGAUUACGAUGCAUUGGUUGAAAAAGGUGUCGACUUGACUGGUAGCAUCGUAAUCGUUCGUUAUGGGGCCAUCUUCAGAGGGCUCAAGAUCAAGGGUGCUCAAGAGCUGGGGGCUGCUGGUGUCAUUAUCUACAGUGACCUUCGCGACGAUGGCGCGGUCACCGAGAAGAAUGGCUAUCUUCCCUACCCACACGGUCCGGCACGUAACAUCAACUCUGUUCAACGCGGAUCGGUGCAGUUCUUGAGUAAAUAUCCUGGCGACCCGACGACACCAGGGUACCCUGCUUACGAGAAUUCCACGCGUACUGACGGCGAGAACAUUCCGAAUAUUCCAUCAAUCCCCAUAUCUGCUGCCAACGCUGCUAAGCUCCUCGAACUUGCUGCGGAAGAAGGAAGUCAAGUUCACCUGGUGAACUACGUUGAUACCAAAGCGACUCCAAUCUGGAAUACAAUGGGCGUUAUCCCCGGCUAUAUCACGGACGAAGUUGUUUUUAUCGGCAAUCACCGUGAUGCUUGGGUACUACUGAAAUUUCUCAACAGUGGGACUGCAUCAAUCGUUGAAACCAUUCGCGGACUUGGUGCCCUUCUGAAGCAAGGCUGGAAACCACUUCGAACCAUAGUCAUUGCAUCUUGGGACGCGGAAGAAUAUGGUUUGAUUGGCAGCACAGAAUGGGUCGAAGAUUUCCCUGACUUUGUCGACAAGCACGUUGUCACCUAUCUCAACCUCGAUAGUUCUGUCUCAGGCUCGCGAUUCCAAGCGGGCGCAUCUCCAUCUCUCUCACACUUUCUGCGGCAAGCAGCGCUCGAUAUACCGCACCCGACCAAGCCUGGUCUCUCGCUGUGGGAUGCGCGGGGCGAUCAUGGGCCAUUUAGUGGCGCGGCCGACACGGAGAGCUUGGCAUUUAGCCAACUUACCACCUCCAACUCCUUCCAGGAUAGUCUCGGAGUUGCGCCAUUGGGCUCUGGUUCUGACUUCACGCCAUUCUUGCAAUGGAUCGGUGUUGCAUCUGCUGAAGGGGGUUUUGGUGGCUCUUCGGGCGACGCUGUCUACCACUAUCACUCGGUCUUCGACAGCCAGCGCUGGCAAGAAGAAUACGCGGAUCCUGGAUUUUACCGUCACGUUGCAGUUGCCAAAUACCUGGGUCUCAAGAUCCUCCGCCUUUCGACGGCCGUCGUUCUUCCACUUAACACGACCAACUACGCCUACGAGUUAGGCAACUAUCUUGACGGAGUUGAGGCGAUUGCGCUGACCACUGAUAUUGGGGUCGAUCUGGCUCCUUUGCGCAAAUCUAUUACUGCUCUCCAAGCUGCGAGCCACAGCCUCGACUUCGAGAAGGCCGCUGCAGAGAAAGAACUGAAGAAGAUCAUUCACAAGUGGCUCAAACACAGACGCUCCAUCAGGAAGAAGGUGCGCAAGGCGAUCUGCAAGGUGAAGAAGGCCUUGGGACGGCCUUGCAAUAAACACGAAGAACGAGAAGCAGAUCGGGAAGUGACUCAUCAUUUCCACGGUGGCCACAAGUGCAAUCUGGUUCACAAACAUGAGAACCAUGACCUUAACAAAGACCAUCCGCUACGAAAUGUACGCAUUGGUCGUUUGCCCGCAUGGGCGAAAGAGCAACAUGAACACCAAAAUCACGGUGUUGACCCCGAGAUUCUUGCGAUGUUCGCGUUGGAAGGGGACGAUGAAGAUUUUUCGCACCCUCAACUGCCCAAGUUCCCACUUGCUAAACUUAGGAAAGUCGUCAAACGCAUUCGCGCUGUGAACCAGAAGCUUGUUAGUUUUGAGCGGGGCUUCAUCUCGACAGAUGGGAUUCCAGAGCGCGAGUGGUACAAGCAUCUUGCCAUUGCGCCAGGCAAAUGGCUUGGCUACGGUGCAACGCCAUUACCAGCACUUGCCGAGGCCAUAGAAUUCGAGAAGAAUAAGACGUUGGCUGAGUAUGAGGUUGGCCGGCUGGUUGAUCUGAUCGACAAGCUGGCGGACAACAUCCGCGUUCAUGCGUAA